UGACAAUCUUAUUGUCAAUAUUCUACAUAUUUAUACAUUUAUAUUUUAUUAUAUAAAUAUUAUAAAAAAUAAUUUUACAUGGAUUUAAAUUGAUAUUUACUAAACAUAUAAGCAUGGCAAAAGAUAAACCGCCUAAGUUACAGGAUAAAGGCGUCCAUUGUCCAACAGAUUCUAGUUUGAGUUUUUCGAAAGACGAAGAUGAUAAGGCAAUGAAAAAAAUAAAAAAAGACGUGAAAGCUGUAAUAGAACUGAUGGGGCCUAAUACACCACAUUUCGAUCAGAAUUUUAGCUUGUCUGAAGAAUCUAUUUUUCCUAACACUACUACAACCCAAAGCAUAAAGGAAAAUAAAGCAGAAGAAGAUCCAAACUGUCCAACGGAGAACGAUUUCUCUACUAUACCCCCAGACGCAGGAGUACAAGACACAGAUUUUUCUCUAAUAGUUGAUGAUCCCUCUAGUUAUAGACAGCAACAAUGCGUUUGUCCCCCACCCCUUUAUCCAGCCCAUAAUUAUGUUUAUAACUCAGAAUGUAUGUGUCCCCAGAUGGUUGAUUAUAUGAAACAUAACGAAGCUUUUAAAAAACCUAAAUCAGAAAAGGUCAAGCUCUUGCAGUCUCUUUACAAUAUUUUUAAAGACAAAAAGAACGACUGGUCAAAGAAAGGCGAAUAUUAUACGAUCAAUGUGAAGCAGUCAGCAGACUAUGGAUUACCCAGACGCCUGGUAUUCGAUUUGGUGGACGAAGUACCAAAAGAAUCAGCACAGAAUUUAAGUGAUAAUGGUAUUUGCAAGUGUUGUUGUCUCAAAAAAGAAAGCUCGCAUCCGACAUAUCAGAAGGAUAGUAAAAAUAUUAGAGUAGAUGAUAUAAAACAUGGAAUAAUAAACGAAAACAUGUUGCCUGUUGAUAGAGAUAUUAAUCUUUGGUGUAAAAAUAACAAAUUCAAUCAAAAAACUACGUAUAUGGAUUGCAACGGAGCUACAAGAGUGGAUGUAUAUUAUUUUGAUCAUGGCUGUUCUAAUUACUUCCGUACCACGGACAAAUCACCCAUCCUAGCAACCGAAGCUCUAGCGGAACGAACCGAAGCCUACACCACCAAAUUUUGGGCGGAACUCUUCGGCACAUUCAACAUAGGAUUUUCCUUUCUAACCUCAUUCGUCCUUCAAUUCUUAAGAUUCAUCCUUUACACCAUUGUAAGACCUCUUACAGUGGGAAUCCUCCAAUUAACAUCCGAUUAUUUUCUCAAGCCGUUGCUGUGCGCCAUUUUUAAUGCCGUCAUACAACCUAUUUUAAUAUUUUUGUAUAAUAUCGCGUCCUCUAUAAGGGAUUUUUGCGAUCCGGUAGCAGAAGCUGUGGGGUUCUUCAUCAGGGAACUAUCCACGCCUAUCAGGGCUUUUAGAAUUGUGGAAGUUAGAAAAGAAAUUCGCGAAAAUGUUCCUUCAAAACAGGGUUAUAAGAGGGUGUUUAGGAAAAAUAAUCCAGUUAUUUAAUAGCAAGCACCUUCAAAAUGAAUUGCUUCAGCGAAGCCUUCCGCCGAAAUCAAUAUUAUCCUACCCUGUCAGAUGAACUGCACUCGGUAA